UCUUCCUUCCUUCUUCCUCCCAUUUCUUUCAUUUUUUCUUCCAACCUGGGUCUUUCUUCUCCUGUCCUCCUUUCUUCUUCUUCUGCGCGCCUUGCCCCAGCCAUAGUGAGAGAUUAAAUAAUAAUAAAUAAAAAAAACCAAAUCGUCGGUUCAAACCGUAAACCGGGUUUGCGGUUUGAAAAAAUCCUAAAUCGAAACGACGAUUUCGUUUCGAUUUGUGCCGGUUUCGAUUUGAACCGUAAUCGGCGGUUCGAACCUUCGAAACCGAAUGAGCAAGUCUAUUCUCGCGGAUAAAAACCUCUUUGAAAUAGGUUUUUCGCGCCGACGCGCCAUCUUUUUUCCUCUUAAUUUCUCGAAACUAAAAUCUCUGGACAGCAUCAACCUCCGAUCCUGCAACUGGAAAGAACAUGUCAGAAUUUAUUCUAUGAAUUCUAGGAUGGCCAUUUGUCACCCCACCGAAAUGCUGCUUGCUAUAUCCUGCAGAAAGGCUGCCUUAGGUUCUUCUCAGAGUUGUAGGUUCAGUUCAGCAGCUUCAGGAUCGGUAAUUGCACGAUCAUUUGAAACUCUAAAGUUCUUCACAACACAUAGAGCCUGCAGAAGAUAUUUAGUAAUGGGCAAUGAUAAUGUUGACUGCCUUUCGGAUAACAACACAGAUACUCCUCCACUGUCAAGGAGUAGUUAUCAAGUUGUAGUUGCUGCAACGCCGGAUAUGGGCAUAGGGAAAGAUGGUAAAUUACCUUGGAGAUUACCCGGCGACAUGAAAUUUUUUAAAGAGGUCACAGCAACUACAUCAGAUCCAAGUAAGAAGAAUGCCGUGAUGAUGGGAAGGAAAACUUGGGAAAGCAUUCCUCCUCAAUUUCGACCUUUGCCUGGUCGCCUCAAUGUUGUGCUCUCUCGUUCGAGAGGUUUUGAUUCUGCUGCUUCGAAGAAUGUUGUUUCAUGCGGGAGCAUAUCAUUAGCUUUAAAGUUAUUGUCGGAACCUCCCUACAACAUCUUCAUAGAAAAGGUUUUCUUGAUAGGAGGGGGUGAGAUUUUAAGGGAAGGAUUCAAUGCUCCAGAAUGUGAUGCAAUCCACAUAACUGAGAUUAAGACUCCUAUUGUAUGCGACACUUUUAUUCCACCUAUUGACAAUUCAGUUUAUCAACCAUGGUAUUUAUCAGCCCCCAUCGAGGAAAAUGACAUCAGGUAUUGUUUUGCAACAUAUGUCCGGAUUAAGGCCUACACCGAAGGACCUGAGAAUUCAGGUGUUGUGAGUAGCACAACACAAUUAAAAAGAAUCACACUCUCGGAUUUCACAUUCCUGCCCAAAUUUAUUUUUGACAAGCAUGAAGAGUUUCAAUACUUGAGACUCGUCGAAGAUAUUAUAUCAAAUGGGAAUGUAAAGGAUGAUCGUACAGGGACUGGUACACUUUCAAAAUUUGGCUGCCAGAUGCGAUUUAAUCUCCGAAAAUCCUUCCCUCUUCUUACAACCAAGAGAGUUUUUUGGCGAGGAGUGGUAGAAGAGCUUUUGUGGUUCAUCAGUGGCUCAACAAAUGCCAAGAUUCUACAAGAAAAAGGCAUACAUAUUUGGGACGGUAAUGCAUCUAGAGAAUACCUUGACAGCAUUGGCUUGAAAGACAGGGAAGAAGGUGACUUGGGACCUGUAUACGGAUUUCAGUGGCGACAUUUUGGUGCAAAAUACUCCGGAAUGCACGCUGACUAUACUGGACAAGGUUUUGAUCAGUUGCGUAAUGUUAUCGACAAGAUAAAGAAUAAACCCGAUGACAGGCGGAUUAUCCUUUCUGCUUGGAACCCUUCUGAUCUUGAUUUGAUGGCUUUACCCCCUUGCCACAUGUUUGCACAGUUUUAUGUAGCCAACGGCGAGCUCUCCUGCCAGAUGUAUCAGCGGUCUGCAGAUAUGGGUCUCGGCGUGCCAUUUAACAUAGCGUCGUAUUCGCUGUUGACGUGCAUGAUUGCCCAUGUUUGCGACCUUGCACCGGGCGAUUUCGUUCAUGUAAUCGGGGAUGCUCAUGUCUACAAAACUCACAUCAUCCCUCUGCAGGAGCAGCUCAAAAAACUUCCCAGACCUUUCCCUACGCUGAAGAUCAACCCCCGAAAAAAAGACAUCGAUUCUUUCGUCGCGGGAGAUUUCGAAAUCAAGAACUAUGAGCCUCAUCAGAAAAUAGAAAUGAAAAUGGCAGUGUAAAAUCAUAUACUGCUCAUACCAUAUGUUUGCAGCUGUUUGUUCUUGAUCAUAGUUUGCUGCAUUUACUGUUUACGAAAUUACAUGUUGUGGAUUCAUGUGAGAUUUGUGGUUGUCUCUCUGCAAAUUUAUUGUGACCAAACUAUCAAUUUAAUAGCUGAGUUUAUUAGUCGUGAAAAAUUAAAUUAAAUUUUGUGUUAUUAUUGUAGGAGACUGAAUUGAA